AUGCAUGCCACAAACCGCACACGUGACGAACCUGUUUCUUCUCUUCCCCAUUCCCGUGUCAUCAUUUCGUGGACUGGAACUCCGAUGGUCCGUCCUAUUCUCGCAUAUGCACAUAUCCGACCGCGCAGAUGGUCAAGACGAGACGAUUCUUCAAGUUCAGUUGGGCCCAUUUCAGUUGGUUGUCAGAGCUUCCAUGAGAGGGAAUACAUGUGGAAAUCGCCGAAGAACGUUUACGCGGAUUAG